AUGCCCCCUGCUCCUUCUCCUGCUGGACCAUCAGCACCUCAAUGGCGUUCAUUCACUUUCUUCGACGUUGAUGACGUGAAAGAUAAUGAUGAUCUAGCUCAAUCUCCCAGGUCUAUACGAUCUCUUAAUCCACCCAUAAUCAUAACCCCAACAUCACACUCAUCACCUCUAUCUCCAUCUCUGAUCGCAUCUUCUUCUACGCACAUCACACUCCUAGACCGACAUUUCAAUCCUGAACGCACAUUCAGAGCUUGGGAGACGAAUGGACGAGCAACAGCUUUACUCGAAGCUGGAGGUCUGUUACUUGCUAUUGGAGAAGAAGAAGGGAGUAGAUGGCCAGUAUUGAAAAUUUGGGAUUUGACCAGAGAUGAAAAGCGGAAAUCCUCAAAUAAAGAUGCCAAAGGAAAUGCUAAUGGCAAUGGUAAUGGUAAUGGUUCUGGAAAUGGUGAGAAAGAAAGAAAUCCUAUUUUGGUUAGAAAUACUAGAAUACAACAUGGUCAAAGACCUCAUCCUGUAUCAUCUAUAGCAUUGACUUCAAAUCUAUCUCAUUUGGCAAUCGGUUUAGGAGAUGGAACUGUGUUACUAUAUAGACAUCUGUUACAAUCUUUGACGACUUCUCCUACUUCCUUGAAUUCAUUACCUAAAGCAAGAGUUAUUCAUGAAUCCAAUGAACCGAUAACAGGUUUAGGUUUCCGCGAAGAUAUGUCCACUACGCCUUCUGCUUCCAAUCCCAGAACAUCAUCAAUACCAAUACCAAUACCAAUACCGACCACAACUUCAACGUCCACAUCGUCAACUGGGAUAUCGUUAUUUAUAGUCACUACAAAUAGGAUACUAUCAGCCCCCGUAUCUGGCAGAGGAGGUGAAAUUAGAACAAUAGAUGAAUUAGGUUGUGCUUUAGGUUGUGCAAUUAUGGAUUGGGAAAGAAAAGAAAUGAUAGUGGCCAGAGAUGAAGCUAUUUAUCUAUACAAUAAUGAGGGUAGAGGCGCUUGUUAUGCUUAUGAAGGCCCAAAAUCAUCGAUAGCAGUAUUUCAACAUAAUUUGAUCAUAGUAUCACCGCCUUUCUACCCUUCAGCUAAUUCAGCUUCUGCAACUGUAAGACAUUACGUCUCGAAGACUUCCGCUACGACAAACUCUGAAGGUGUAAUAACAAAUGCAUCAAGUGAUAUAUCAAAAGUGACAGUAUUUGACUUACAGAAUAAAUUGGUUUCAUAUAGUGGAACUUAUAGAGAUGGUGUGAGGGAAGUGUUUUGUCAAUGGAAUGGAAUAUUUGUUUAUGGUGGUAAUUCAAGACUCACUCGAUUGACCGAACACUCUACUUCUGCGAAAUUAGAUGUUUUGUAUCGAAGAAACCUUUAUACUCUAGCUAUCAGCUUGGCUAGAUCUCAAGGUACAAGAGAAAGUGGUAUCGCGGACAUACAUAGAAGAUAUGGCGAUUACUUAUAUAGUAAAGGUGAUUUCGAUGGAGCUAUGGGUCAAUUCGUUAGGACUUUAGGACAUCUACAGCCCUCAUAUGUGAUACGAAAAUUUCUCGACGCUCAACGAAUCCAUAAUCUCACCACAUAUCUUCAAGAACUACAUUCACGUGGAUUAGCCAAUCCUGACCAUACUACCCUUCUUCUCAAUUGUUACACGAAAACAUCCGAUAGAGCUAGAUUGGACAGCUUCAUCAAGACUGAAGCUCGACGAUCCGAAUCCUCCGGAGAUGAAGAGUUACCUUUCGAUUUGGAUACAGCUAUCAGAGUUUGUAGACAAGCUGGAUUCUACGAACAUGCUACUUAUCUAGCCAAAAAUUUCGGUCGACAUGAAGAGUACCUGAGGAUACAGAUUGAAGAUGCUGGAGAAGUGGGAGAAGCAUUGAGAUAUCUGAGAGGGUUAGGUCCAGAAGCGUGCGAAGAAAACAUGGUUCGAUAUGGGCGAACACUACUUAACGUGGAACCAGAAGCAACGACAGCUUUACUUAUCGAUCUGUGUUCUGGUGAUCUCGGAAAGAAAAAACUCAUUCCAUCGGCACUUGACUCAAAGCCAAAUGGCAGUGGUGCCGGAAACACAGGUCCAGCGAUGCUUUCUUAUUUAGGUUACAAUCGAGUGACUGGAUUGUUCACAGGUGACCAGCCUUCUGGAGCACCUUCUUCAUCUCAAGUGGAUGGACUACAAGCUCUAUCGAAUGGAGAAAAAGCGGACCAACCCAAUGGAACGGGAUUGGAUGCUGCGCCUAUCACAGAUAAUGAACCUAGCUAUGUCCCACCGUCUCCUCGACAGUAUUUCGCACAUUUCGUUGACCAUCGAGAACUAUUCAUCAAUUUCCUUGAAUCGGUGGCGAUGUCAUUAUGGAAUCAAUCACUUGCACUCCAUUCAUCCAAUACAACACUUUCCACCUCCACAAGGGAGAUAGAUGUUCCUCCUCCUUCUGAUCCGAUAGCAGUCGAUCAAAGGGCAGUAUGGAAUGCUCUGCUUGAGCUUUAUCUGUCUUCCAUAAAAUCUUCUGAUGAUAGUAUAGUCAGGGCUUCAACAGAUAAAGCUUUAGCUGUUAUUUCAGAUCAAGAUUUACCUUAUGACCCAAUGCACGCACUGAUCCUUUGUUCCACAGUCGGAUUCACAGAUGGUAUGGUAAAAUUAUGGGAACAAAUGGGGAUGUAUGAAGAUAUAAUUAGAUUUUACAUUGAUCAACCUCUUUCAUCAAAUUCUUCAACAAAAGUAAUCUCACACCUAAAUCAAUACGGAUCAACGAAUACACAUUUAUAUCCUUUGGUGCUGAGAUACCUGACUUCUUCACCUGCGAUAUUAUCGAAACAUCCUACAGAAUUAGGAAAGAUAUUGAAUGAGAUUGAUGAAGAAAGAAUCAUGCCCCCUCUAGCGGUUGUUCAAGUUCUCAGUAGGAAUGGAGUGGCAAGUAUUGGAAAUGUGAAAGAUUGGUUAAGAGGUAAAGUUGAAGAAAACAAUGAUCAAGUUGAAUCAGAUAAACACCUAGUAGAAUCAUACCGGUCCGAAACCGCUACAAAGAAAAAAGCAAUUCAAGAUCUAUCAAAUAUCGACCAACCGGAAGUAUUCCAAGUUACAAGAUGUGCAGCAUGUGGUGGUCAAUUGGACUUGCCAAGUGUACAUUUUAUGUGUAAACAUAGUUACCACCAAAGAUGUCUAUCCGACUCUGAGCCAGAAUGUGUUCUCUGCGCAAGGCAACAUAGCGUUAUACGUGAAUUACGACGUAACCAAACUCGUCUGGCCGAUAGACAUGAUUUGUUUGUGGAUGAAGUCAAAGAUGCUGAAGAUGGGUUUGAUGUUGUUGCCGGUGCAUUUGGAAGAGGUUUGAUGGGGAAGGAAAGGACUUUAGAAGAGGUUUUAUGA